AAUUAAAAAUAAAAUAAGAGUGACAUUAACAAUCAGUUAAAAUAUUUUCUUCUUUUUAAUUAGAUAUGAGUCUUUUUUUUACAAAAUUUUAAAAAAUAAAUAAUAAAUAUCGUAAUAAAAGUCGUCUGUGAGGGAAGUUGUUUUUCUUUUUGGAAAAACAAUUUUUUAUACAAAAAAUAAAAAAGAAUCUGUAAACAAGUAAUAAUUUGAUCAGAUGUAGAGUAGGACGUAAAAUUCAAUUUUGGUGACAAUAAACUACAAAUAUAAUUUUCUUUAAAAAUUUACAAACUAUCAAAACAAUGACUGCCAACAAAGAAAAUGAAACAGAGAAAGGUGUCGUAGAUGCCUCAAAAAACACGAGUGUAAAGCAAAUAAUUGAAAAUGAAUUGGAGAAAAAAGGAUCUGGAGGAAUGUGGGCAUGGAUACUAUUUUUGCUCUGUUUGACUCCGAACAUUUUCAAUGGAUUUCAUGUGAAUUCUUACGUAUUUUUGACAACUCCAGCUGAAAACUACUAUUGCACAAUUCCUGAAUUGUCGAAUGCGGGAUGGACUCACGACGAAAUUCGCAACAUUAGUACUCUUGGAGGAACAUCUAUUAAUAAAACAUGCAAAAUUUUAAAGUACGAUUACGAGGCGUUGAGUACGAUGAACUAUGAAGAUGCGAUCAAAUCAUUGAAGAACGAUACACGCGACAAAAACAACGUGCCAGAGGAGAUUAAUUGUCUCUCACAAAAGGGAAAUACGUUUCAUUUCGACUACAAAAGUGACGAGACAUCCAUUCUAUCGGAGUGGAAUUUGAUUUGUGAAAACACGGCAUGGGCAUCUACCGUUCAAAUGUUUCUCUCUUUCGGAAAAUUCAUUGGCGCCUCAAUGUUUGGCUUUGUCAGUGACAAAUAUGGGAGAAAGACUUCUUUCAGUAUUGCUUCGUUAACGUAUAUCGUUGGAAGUAUUCUUGUAACUGUAUCGCCAACAUAUCUUGUAUUACUUUUGGGUCGAUUGUGUCUUGGCCUUGCAUCGAGUGGUAUCUUCUAUGCUGCUUUUACAUUGUUAACGGAAAACAUUGGACCUAAAAUUCGAUCUUGGAUGAGUAUUUCGUUCAACUUUUCAUAUCCUCUUGGAAUGUUGUUUCUCGCAAUCACAGCGUAUUUUGUUCGACAAUGGAGAAUGCUUUCUUUGUCUUUAACUGUUCCUGCUUUCUUACUAUUUCUGCAUAUUUAUUUCAUUGUCGAAUCUCCUCGUUGGUUGUUGAGCAUGGGGCGAGAAUCACGCGCUUAUAAAAUGGUUUUCGGAAAAAAGAUGCCAAAAACUCUCAAAGCACAAUUACAAUUGGAGAAAAGCAAAGAGCCUGCGAUUGUGAGAAAGAAAAGUGCAGAAGAAUUAACGUUUGGAGAAAAGUUUAGAAGAUCAUUUAGCAUCUUGCAUGCUUUGUAUGGGCCUGCAAAAUUACGAAAACGUGUCAUAAUUUGUCAUUAUACAUGGUGCAUGACGUCUCUGUGUUACUACGUGACAGCCUUAAAUGCGAAUAUCGGAUCUGAUCGAUACAUAUAUGUUGCGGCAACAGGAACUGUCGAUAUCCUUGGAUAUUUGUCGUUGAUAUUCAUCAUGAAAUAUGUCGGAAGACGAAAGGCUUGCAGUGCAUUGUUUUUCCUUGCUGGAUCAGCUCUUCUCUCCGUUUUAAUUGUGCCAUCAGAUCAAAAAGCUGUAAUGACAUUCCUUGCAAUGCUCGGUCGUUACGGAAUAACAUCAGUUUAUGCUGUUAUGACUUUGCAUACUGCUGAGAUGUUUCCAACGGAAAUCAGAAAUAGUGCUUUAGGAAUCAGUUCGACGUGUGCUCACAUUGGAGGAAUUGCAGCUCCAUAUGUAGUCGAUAUUUUAGGCAAAAUACAAAAGUUCAUUCCAACAACAAUCUGUGGUAUAUCAGUAUUAAUAGCGGCAAUGUUAGUGCUUCUUCAACCUGAAACGAAGGAUAAACACCUAACAGAUCACGUAGAUGAUGCCGAAGAUGAGAAAACAGAACAAGGAGUUGAACUUCAAAAGUCAUAAAUUUUCCAUAAAGUUCCUUCUAACUAAUACUAACUAAAUAAUCCCAAAUAUUUUUUGACAAUAAAUAUACUUUCAUUAAAAAAAAAAAGUUCAAUUGAUUUUUUUUUGUCUUGUGUCAUU